CGUUUUUCUCUGCAUUAAUGGGUUUGAAUCAUCCGGUGGUGACCAAUUGAGAGACAAGAAACUGAUUAAUCAUCAAGCACUUGACUUGUCCUUCAGUUCAGAGUGAAAAGUAACUCAACUGUAGAGCAUUGAGAAGCCUGCGUUUCUGAGACUACAAGAAGGUCCACUAUACAAACUCCAUCACAGCUCAUCCAAUGACACAAGCUGUCCAGCGUGGGCCGUUCACUAUCUAAAGAAUGAGAAAAAGGACAAGGAGGAAGUCAUAAUGGUGGUUCUAUGGUGUCUCCGCCUCUCUCUGCUCUCACUGUAUGUCAUCCAGCUCCUCCCCCUACUAACCUGCUCCACCCAACAACAGCCCUGUCUGCAGUGUGUCAAUGACUUAGUCAGUAACAUCACUUGUGUGUUGAACAUCACAUGCGUGCCCCCAGACAUGCCAUGCAUUCUGCAUGGUGAAUACGCUGGGACUAAAAGUGAAUGUGAGAUGAAGUCCUUGGGCGGUUCCAACACAGCUUUGAGAGACGGCAGUCUGGUCUUUGAGGGCAAUCCAUUCUUUUGGGACGAUGAUAAAAUACCCAUUGGUGUACGGUGUGGACAACCAGAAGAUGAUGUGAUUCAGAUUAACUACUCAUUUAACCACAUUAAGAUGCACCCCCCUGGCAAGCCAAACAUCACUAAUUCCUCAAUCGCAUGGACACCAGGAGCUCCCAUUUCAGAUAUGAUCUCCCACUAUAACUUCCAGCUACAGUGGAAACAGGAACUACAUCACUGGGAGGAUGCUGUGGAGGUGAACAGAGUAAACGAACAGACGUAUUUUGACCUGGACCCUGAGAUGCUGGAGAGAGGAAGGAGGUAUCAUGUCAGAGUCAGGGUCCGAGCCGACCCAGACGUCUACCCAGACUGUCAGUGGAGCGACUGGAGCCCCAGUGCAUCAUGGGUCUCUUCUGUGGGCCAGAUGAAGCCACAGCCAACAGGUCAUCCUGAUGUUCUAGACCAGGACUUUGUGGUGGUAACUGUGGUGGGAGCUGUUGUUGUACUGGUCCUGCUGGUCUCCAUGUUCCUCUGCAACGGAAAAUUUGCUGACAGGGUCAAGGAGAUUCUGAAUCCUCCUAUACCAGAUCCCUCCAGGUACUUUGACGGCCUCAACCUCGAUCACGAUGGAAACUUCAAGGCUUGGCUGGGUCCUCUGUUCGUCCCUGAAUCCUUUGACUCUGCUGUGCACCGUGAAGACAUCUCCCAGAUAGAGAUCACCGACAGCCUGGACAAUGUCGCCCCCUUGAGGACAGCACUACUCCUGGAAAAGAGAUGGGACAGCAGUGCCCACUCUUCCAACUCCGGCUUCUCCAACUGCAGCUACUUUUUAUCUCAAUGCUCCCGGCCUGGAUCCUCCUCCACCAAGCUGGAACCCUGCUCUGUACACUCCCCUUACGGACCAGUAGGUGGCACUACUGAAGAGAUAGAAGAGAGGAAGGAGGAGAACAGAGGAGAAGGGAUGGAUAGUGGUGUAGGGAAGAAGGAUGGAGAGAUGGGGGUAUAA